ACGCUCAUCGCAUCGCGCCACGACAAUGGCAGAACAACGGAAGCAUGCUCUGCUUGCGGCUACUAUUUGUCUGGUCGCUUGGUUUUGUGCGGUGAGCUGGUCUGCAGCUCUGCGAUGGGCUAGCUACGCCUUUGCCGCCGGGCUCGCUUCCGCCCUACUAGCUGUCAUUGCAUCGCUACUCCUGACCUCCCGAAGCCCUACCGAUCGACGGCCGAGACCCCCGGGUGUUUCUUUUACAGAUAAAUCGCUGUGGAAAGCGGAAAUCGAAGCUCUCAAACAACGUCAAACUUACGAGGCGGCGUCACUAAACCUACCAAGUCCACGUGUCGCAUCCGCUAUGGAUGAACUCUUGGGAUUCAUCCUUCGCGACUUUGUUUGCAUAUGGUACUCCAACAUCAGCAAAAAUGCUAUUUUCCCGAACGAAGUUGAUCGGGCGGUCAGGUCGUCUAUUGAUAAUAUUCUCACCCGCCUGCGAGAAAAGGACCUCGCAGACCUGGUCACCAGCCGCAUCAUGCCGAUUUUGACAGAACAUUUUCAUGAUUUUGCCGCAGCAGAGCGAUCUGUUCGUGGAAAGAAGUUGAAUAGAACCAUGACGGAAUCAGAGGAACUUGAUUUGGCCAUAGCUUCCAAGUAUAGAGACGGAAAGCUACAUCCAGCCGCCUCACUGUCUUUCCCAGAUAUGAAGAUGAUACAGCAAGACUAUCUACGCAAUUUGGCUCGACGCAUGUUACCUGAAGUCCUUCCUACAAAAAUGCUAAGAAGUCGAGCAGUAUCAGCUAUCGUGCGCGAGAUUGUCGGCUGUGCUGUGUUAUCACCUAUUUUGCAAGCUCUCUCUGACCCGGACACGUGGAAUCAGCUAAUGGAAAACUAUGGACGCUCGAUGUUGCAAGAUAGAUCGACAGUUCGAAAACUGCGCGCAGCCUUAGACCAACAUGCCUUACCGGCACCGAAGACCGCCAAGUUCGCGGCAACCCCUCGCAUCCUUCCAGGCGACAGCGAGCGCAAGUUUGAGAAGUUUAUUCGGGCUAUUCGGAAAGUUAAUAACCUUUCCGAUGCUCGCAGAUUCCGAAGCGAAGUUGCAAGUCAACUUAAACGUGACUUGUCUGGGGACAACACAGAUCCUGUCUACCUUCGGCGGUUAGAAAUGGGCAAAAAGCUGCUGGAUCAACGUGUCGCUCAACUUGCAGCGGGAGGCGAGCGCCAAUCUGGCCAUCAGAGUCCAACAGCGCAGCCGAUGUCAAAAUCAGCGUCUCAAUCGAGACUGGAAAAUGCUACACUAGUCGAGCUUCUCCGCGAUGCUGCUGGAUUGUCCUACUUCAUGGAAUAUAUGGAUAGACAAAGGCUUAUGGCUAUGAUACAGUUCUGGCUCGUUGUUGAUGGCUUCAGAAACCCAUUGGAAGAUGAUGGCCCAGAAGAAGAUGCCUCAUCAUUAGCCCUACCAAUGUGGUCAGACUCUGAUCGGAUGGAUUUGCAACAGAUACAGCAGGCGUACCUAUCAAAAACGGAGCUACACGUGUCUGAUUCCGCUAAGACCAAUGUGAAGGAGUUUUUGCAGGCUGGGAAGAGUGCGACGCCAUUGCAAUAUUACAAAGCUCGACGAUCAAUCCUGGAUACACAAGCCGCAGUAUUGGCCGAGAUGCGAGAUAAACAUUAUCCGCUCUUCAAGAAAUCCGACUUAUACUACAAAUGUAUUGCUUCACAAGAGUCAAGUGUGCAGGCAACACCACAUGCCAUGUCAGGUCCUGGCGGAGCACGCCCGCCAUCAUCAUCGAUAUCUAACCAAGGUCCCGUGCCACGACCAAAGUCAUUGGCGAGGAUUGCCCAAACAACUGCCGCAGCGGCUCGACUUUCUAGUGAGUCGGUGCUCACACAAGCUGACGGUGGUUCCGGAGAUCCCCUUUCUGAUGCUAGGAAAUCAAUGGAUGAGGAUAAUUCUCUACCACUGUUUGACGAUGACGACGCAGAUGUAGAUGGCAUGGCAGACUCCACACAGAGGUUUGACCCGGAUUCCGAGCAACGACAACAACUUGACAGUCAGGCAAUUCAAGCGGUUGAAAAAGCCCUCACAAAUAUCAUUGAAAAUGAUAGACCACAAACAGCCGAAGAUUUGCGAGCAUCCCUUUUUGGGGCUGAUAACGGCGAACCGCUCUUCGAGGCAGAAGAUGACAGCCGACGCAUAUCUCUUGAUGGUGCCCGCCAACCACCAGUAAGUGGUAGACUCGGAGAUGAAAAGCCCAGCCUCUCCUCUCUUGGCCUUGUUAGCGCAGCAUCCCGUAUAGGAGUAUUUGUUGAUGACGACCUGUUUGGGGACGAAUACAAAGGUCUCGGCGAGGAUGAUGACGACGAAAUUUUGACAAGGAAUGGCGACGAAGAAGACGAGGUACAUGAAGCAGCACCUGGAGACCUAGGCUUAGCUGAAGCAAUCAAGGUGUUGACCAAUGACAUUGAUCGAUUGAUUGCACAAGAGGGCGUGGUGGACUCGCUGAUGAGGAAAGCAGACCUCACAAACAACACAGCUGAGAUUCGUAUUCUGAAAAAGUCUAAAGCCAGCUUGCAGCGUGAAAUCCGACGAAAGGAGCUCCAACGUCAGCAGUAUGUUGUCCAAGAGAGUGACAACAGUUUGUAUGGGAGGUCUACAGUCAAGAUUAAGUCGAUUCAAGUUGGUAAAGAAGACGACGGGAAAGAAUACGCGUUAUAUGUCAUUGAGGUGCAACGAGACGCAGGAGAGCGGAUGCCCGCUGCAUCUUGGAUAGUUACGAAGCGCUACAGCGAAUUUCAUGACCUUCACCAGAAGCUACGAUCGACAUACCCAUCCGUACGGAACUUGGAUUUCCCCGGUCGCCGAGUUGUCAUGAAGUUUCAAAGCGAAUUUUUGCGCAAAAGACGAGUUGCCUUGGAGAGAUAUCUCAAGGAACUGCUACUACUUCCUGAAGUCUGCCGCAGCCGUGACUUGCGUGCAUUCCUUUCUCAGAGCAUCAUCACCGAAGGUCAGGACCUGACUGACCGUGAAGAUAAGAAGGAUAUGAUGACGCGCCUGUACGAUUCAGUGGCGGAUGGUAUGGAAGACAUCCUUGGUAAUAUCCCUGUGCUGGACCAAAUAUCCGUGGCUGGCCAAAAUCUCAUCGCUGCGGCAACAAAUCAGCUCAACGCCAUGCCAUUAAAUGCAAAUGAGGAGGCAUUUCCGGCAGCAGAAGCAGAAGCAGAGUUGAAUGCAUUUGAAAACAAGGAACUCGAACCAUUUAUUAAGCCCAUUUGCGACAUUUUCUUGGAAGUGUUUGAGCUGAACAAGGGUAACAACUGGCUGCGAGGUCGCGCAGUAGUUGUGGUGCUACAGCAGCUACUAGGUGGCACCAUUGAGCGAAAAGUAAGAGAUAACGCGAAACUACUGGUACAGGAAGAGUCUCUGCUACGGGUUCUAGGGUUGGCAAAAAAUGCGCUCUGGCCGGAAGGCAAACUUGUGCGAGAUCGCAAGGUGCGGACGGCGGCAGAGCGAAAGAAGACGAGAACAGAAGCCAGCCUGAUGUUGGCGACACUGGUACCUGAUCUGGCGGGUAGUGUUGUUGGACGGGCCAAUGCCCAAGCUGCAAGCCGGAGAAUAUUUGCAACGCUGAACAAUUCACGACUCAAUGCCCAUUUGGCGUUUACCAUACUUGAUGAGCUGAUUUCGAUUUUAUUUGAUGAUCAAAUUUAACAUGGGCGCGAUGCGGUAAUGAUGAUCUAGCAAACGAAAUACCCUUGGUUGUCGCUGCUCGGCUAGAAUAUUUUCAUUUUGGCUGGGCUUUUUUUUAGGGUUGCGUGUGUGUUCAAAGGGCUAGUAACUUAUACAUAAUUAAACGACCCAUGUAUAGUACAUAUAUUAUACAUAUAAUACCAUAUGUUUGCAUGUAUUUGGUACCUCUUGCCUGGAUCACUGCGCAACGAUAAUUUCUUGUUUCCUGGUGGCUGUGGUGUUUGAGUGCAAGUUUGACGAGGACUGCAAACUCUUAAUAUGAAACGGCCUAUUACAGAAGACCCAAACAAAUUGUGCCAGCUGGCGCACCUGGCGCAGCUGGGCUAGAGUUUGCGCCUGGCGGGUGAGCACAACCGGGAA